UGAACCACUCUUGCCCUUCUGCGCUUGUGCCACUAGUCUCUGUGUCUUUCAGGCAGAGAAUAGAAAAGUUAGGGCAAAGUCUUAGUCAGCUCCAGCAGCUACCAGACACUCACAGCAACUCCCUCCACAGUGACAGGUUUCUUCUCUCUUUUUUUCUGCUCUCUCACUCGUUCACUCUCUCUCUCUUUCACACACAGACACACACACACACACGCACACACACACCACCCGUCACUCCUGGCAGAGGGAAGACGGGACCACACGAGAACCGCUACACACCUUUACUUCUAGCUACUUACCCAGCCAUCGUCAGACGCUUUGCCCAGGAUGUGGACACUUCUCUUGGGGGUCACCUUUGGAUUACUGGCCUCCUCCAGGUCCGAACAACUUCAAGUGAAUUAUCGGACCUGCAGCUAUGCCAGGGUAUUUCAUGCUGAGGGAGCAGGCCGUCACAACCUGAACUUUAACAUGGCUCAGAAGGUGUGUGUGCAGCUGGAGAGCAUCUUGGCGAGUCCAGAACAAAUCGAGGAGGCCUAUGAUAAAAACAUGGAAACAUGCAGGUACGGCUGGUCCAGUAAUAUGAGCAUUCUCAUCCUCAGACACACGCACCAUGAAAACUGUGCAAAGAACAUGACUGGCUUCAUUAUUAAUUCACAUGUAAAUGCUGACGAUCUCUAUGAUGUCUACUGCUAUGAUGAAAAAGCUGAGCCUGAGAAGGACUGUAAUAAAUCCUUUUCAGACCCAAAAGGACACUUACCCUCAGGUGCACCAGAUGAAUCCUCACCACAGCCUCAGGCCCCAACACCAGCAGAGGGCCAAGAAGAGACCACUCCGACAACACGACAUGAGGAUGCUUCUGGUAGUGAGGGUGUUGACCCCACGGUAGCCCCUGGGGAAGAUGUUUUUGUGACGGAAGCCACCACUGCUUUCACCUCUGUGGAGCCAGAGGCUUCCACAGAGUUACCUGCUGGUGAAGAAAUCCCCUUUGAAGGGAGUGUCAAUCCUGGAGAGGUCGACGUGCCCGCUGGAUCUGGGAUGACGCCAUCUGAGGAGGGAGCAUCUCCAACAGCCCCUUUUGGAGAGCCAGAUGAAACACAACCUACCACCGAAAAUGUGAAACACAAAGGGGAAAUGGAGCCUAACGGAGCUGAUGCCACGACAGAGUCUUCACAACAACAACAUCCUAAUGACAAUGGUCGGGGCAUGCGUCCCGGUGAUUCUGAGCCUAAUCAACAGGAGAGCAGCAGCUCAUCAAACUGGAUUGUAAUCAUUGGAGUGAUUGUGGCAGUUGCUGCUAUUCUUCUCGUGUGCGUAGCUGUUGCCAAAAGAAAGAGCUGGUGCGGCAAAAAGCAGACCCUGAUGAUCACAACCAAAGACAGCGGCGAAGGGAACGGGGCUGCCGCAUCAGCAUCCAGCUCCCACGCCCAGGAGAGAGAGCAGGAGAUGGUGACCCUCAUGAACAAGGAGAAGAUCCAGGAGAACGGCAACACAGAGGAGUUCACCGUCAUCACGCUAGAGGAGUCGCCAGAUAAAGAACAGCUGGCGUGAGAGAGGAGAGUGUCGAGGCAGACAGGAAAGAGUAGGUGAGGAUAGGGAGGGAUAAAGUGAGGAGAUUUGGCAGAUUGGAUGGAUGGGGGGUUGGGGCUCCAUACAUUGGGGAUAAAAACUGUUUCGGUGGCCAGCACUGGAUGGACACUGAGUAAGGGUGUAGUGUGUGUUAUUUAGAAAGAUUGUCUAACUGAGGUACAAAGUAUUGUAUUGGGUGUGAAACUGUUGCCUCUCAGUGGGGCUUUUAAGACAACGUGCAGCAUUUUGUUUGUCUGGUCUACCAGGUUAGCUAGGACUGAAUGCCGGUCAAAGAGUGUCAUGCAUGGCAAUGUAUUAUGCAUUGGUGCAUAGCAGGGUGUGUGAAUGUGUUUUGUGUAUUUGUGUUUGUGAGUUAUAUGCUUUGGUGAUGAUAAGGGUAUGGAUAGACAUGGGUUUUUAAAGGGAGGGGUGGUGAAGUGAAGAACAUAUUGAUGACAGCCUAAUUUUCAGCCUAAAUAGGAAAUAAUAAAUCAAUGAUGACAACUGGGUUAUUUUUUUGGAGAUACUACAGAUAGAAGAAUAAUAAUAAUUUGGAUCAAAAACGACCUUUGAUGUUUUCCAUGUGUUUCAUGUCUUUUGUAUUGCUUAUUGUUGUAACCUUGUGUAUAUUUCAGACAUUGCCUGUGGACUGGAGUUUGGUUUUUCCAUUUUCAAGACAACUGGGGAUGUCGCUACCUUAAUUUAUGCAGUUUGGAUUCCCUUUUUCUUGGUCUCUGUAUAUAAAGUAUAUGUUUUGGAAAUGCCUUAGCAAUAGCUGCUAGUGCUUUAUGUUGUUUGGUAGAAAGGGGCUUUGUAUCCCUUUUAAAUAAAGGAAUGUGUCAUGUUUUGAGAGUUAUUUAAUUAGAAAACAGAGGUAAACAAUUCAGUGAAUGCAUUUUGCAAUAGUUAAAAGUGGAGUGGAUAUUGUAUGAAUUGAUGUAUAGCAUUCAAAACUGUGCAAUUGAUGCACAAUUUAUGUCAGUUAAGUUAAUAUGGUAUACCUUUAUAUUGGGUUGGAAAAAUGAUGCUAUGAAGUUCCUGAUGUUAUCCUGAGGAUAAGUAGAAUGAUAAAGAUGAUGUAUACCUACUGUAUACACAGUGUGUAUAUUGAUUAAGGAAAAAAGAAAGAGCAAAAGAAAAACUUGGGUAAAUUCAUCAUUUUCUGAAAGCAAGAUUUAAGCUCAACCAUGACAAGUGAUUGGCAGCGGCCUAGCUUUAGAUGCUAAACUACAUAGCACUUAUGAUAAUGGGGGGCCUCAUGUGCUGUAAACACAUGCAAUGUAAAGGUUUCUUCAUAAGAAAGGGGCUGUGACAACGUCGUCUAUGGGCUCCUGAGGGGGAGGGGUGUGAUGAAUGAAGCUUGUGUGCCUGCCAAGGCCUCACUGUGCCAUUCCCUGUACAUUUCACACAUGUAAACAAAAUGCUGCAGUUUUUCUACUGACCUUAGCAUUGGUGAAAUAUAUCAUACAUUGUGUCAUACCAAUAUUAAUUCUUUUGUGACAGCUAAUUCUUCCUGUUUUUCUGUAUCAGCUGAAAUACGUACAGCUAUUGCAAACUUUUUUUUUUUUUAUUGCAUUUUUUUCUCUUAAGAUUAAUUUUGAGGAGAAGUAGCAAAUGUACUAGUAUAGGCAGGUUUUAUGACACAUUUACAAAAGAUGUUGCUGAAAAUAUUUGUAAAGCCAUGAAUGAAAAUAAAUGUGUAUAGAAAGAGA